GAUCGAUCGAUAUAUAUAUAUAUAUAUAUAUAUAUAGCCAUCGCCACAGGAAAUCUCAUCGCCACAGGAAAUCUCUCAAACACAACACAUGCUGGAUGAUCACGGGGAAGAGCAUCCAUACAAAAAUGGGCGCGCAGGGGACUUCUUUGGGAGCAACUAAAAGAAAGUCAUGCCUGAAACGAAAAAAAAGUGACAAAAAAAUAAGUAGGAGCAUCAAAAGGAUAAAAGCUGAUAUGGUAGAGAUCAGCGAGGGACAAAAACGCAUAAGAGAGGGACAAAAGGAAGUCAGGGAAAAAUUUCAAGAAAUAAGUGAAGAGGCUGCCAAAUUAAAAGAGGAGACUCAUCUGAUCUCGAAGCAGAGUGCCGCAAAUGAACUCAGGCUUCAUCUUAUGUUCCAAAUCAUCAAAGCAAGAGCAGAGAAUGAUUAUGCCAAGGACGCCCUCCUCACUCAAAACUUACGUGAUCUAAUGGGAAGCAGAGCCAUAGCAUGAGCAAGCCUUCGUAGGAGAAGCAAGAAUUAACCCUGCUUCAUAGAACUAUAUAUCAUCUACUGUUUCUACUCUGCAGUUCAAUCUGCAAUAAAUAAGUUGCAUGCAAUUGACUCCGAGUCCAAGGAGUUUUUCUUCUACCUUCAUUUAUGUUUGUUAUUACAAUGUUUUUGUAUUAAGAUAAUCAUGUUUUAUAUUCACGUCAAGAAGGUUAUUAUUA